AUGAACGAGAACGUGGAAGCGUUCGAUUUUGUAAUCGGAGGGGGUAGGCAAAGAGCGCGCCUUCAAAUAAAACAAAGAAAUCGAAAAUCUCAGGAAACGUAAAACUUUAGAAAUCCUCGAAAGCGCGAAAAUACAAAAAAAAAAAAAAAAAAAAAGAAAAGAAAAAUUCGCAAAGUCGCGAAGUAUCGAAAAUCCGCGUAUAGAGCACGGUUUUGCCUGCCCCUGACGCGUUCGAGAGAGAAAAAACCGGCUGCUGAUCCGCAGAUCACCCCCUAGAACACGACGAAGCUCGGCGUCGAGCGUUGGCUCGUGCGCGGGCACGGCGCAAAAUCAGCACGCGGCCAGAAGCGUCUCCAGCAAUCGGUCUCGAUCGCCCACGCCCCAUCAGCCUGUCAACAAGCAACAGCAGCAGCAAUCGAACAGCGACGAGCAACGAAAGAUCAACCGAUCGAGGAGCCCAACGCCGCAGAGGAAGUUCCUGGGCAGUCCCGGCCAUCAGCCGGACUUCGGCAAGCAACAACGAUCCAGAUCGCCGACACCGAGGCCUCAGCUCAGAUCCAACAGCCCGACGACCAAGCUCGAACACGCGAAAUCACCCGGAUCGCACGUGGACUCGCCUGCUAGAAGCUCGAACGACGAGUCUCGUUCGCCGACUCAUCACGGAAGGCAUCAAGAAGCUAAGGAUGCGAAGAACGUCCAAGAGGCGCGCACGAAAGUGCCCCUGACGGAGGAGUUCACGAAACGUUACGUGGUGGACGGUGGCGUGGCCCGUAGAACAGUGGAGAGAGACGACACGCCAAAAUACGAGCCGACAAUCUACAACUACAAGUGUCGCGAGGACUCGAGUAGUCGCAGCCCAACCCCGAGUCCACCGGCAAUCAAGGAGCCGGUGUUGGAAAGUUUCAACAAAGACGUGACCGGCAAUGUACACUAUACAAAGUCACCGCACGACGGGGAGCAUUCGGACAAUUGCAGCGAAGUGUCCGACGAGGGUUAUCGAAGCUUAGGCGCGGUUCAGCCAGCUAGUGGAAAUGGAAAUCCCGCGGCGUGCACGCAGGGUGGUUCGCCUACGGUUGCCGAUUGUCAAAAGCAACCCAUGAAACCCGAGGCGGAAGAGAGGUCCUGCGUCGAGACGGAGAGCAUCGAGACGGGUCUGCGAAAGACCCGCAUAGGCCCAGCCAGUCCUCUGCGUGCCUCGCCCUCGAGGAGCGUGGCCUCUUCCUCCGGGGACCGGACCCCUCGCGCCAAUUCCAUCGUCCGCGAGAACAGCAACGUCUCGAGAGCCUCCUCGGGCAGCAAGACCCCGCGUGACAGCAACUCGAGCCCCGAGGGAAGCCCCCUGAAGCGGGGAACCAUACGGAACAGUCUGCGGAAACCACCGACCGGCAGCCUGAGCAAGGCUUCCGUCGUUCCAAAACCGUGUCAGAGUCCAGUGAGCGGUAGCAACACGUGGAACGGCAGGCAGGUGCGACAGAGGCCCAGUAUCCAGUCGGACACGUUCCUGAACCCAGGGCAGGGAUCAUCAGCCACGCCACUGUGCCACCAGCCCACCACCAGUCCCUCUGGCAGUUUCGCCAGGAAGAGCCCAGCUAGGCAGAGUCUGCCAAGGCAGAGCUCGAACGGCGGCGUGCAGUACGACAGAAACGGGAGGAGGGUGAAGACCACCGCUGCCACUACCACCGGCUCCCUUCAAUCCUCGCCGACCAAGGUGAACCCUCUGUUGGAGCAGAUACUGCAGAAGGUCGGCCAUUUGCAAGACGAGCGCGAGGUGGUGCAGAAGCUGCAGGAUCUUCUGAGGGACUAUCAGGCGCACAGCACCGGCGACGGUGUGGCGAACAUGGAGUUCACGAGGGCGUGGAUCGACGGUAACGGGACCGUGGCGUUGCCGCAGGACAAUCAGAUGACGGCCAGUCCUAGGAAGGAUCCGAAGCCUGUCUCGGAGAGGGGAGGUUUCUCGAGGAUACCGGCGCCCGUCUACAAAAGGCCGAUGUCCGUCGCGUCCGACAGCGUGUGA